AUGGUUUUUGUUCCUGCCUACGUGAAUGCAAAAAUCACUGGACCAGUGUGUCAGCUGAGAAGAUUUAGCAUCGAUGGCUACAUCAAAAAAGGAGACAUUAAUAUUGGAGGGAUUUUUUCACUUCACAUUGGAGAACCUGUCAGUCAAAUUCCUUUUACUGAGCUGAACGACAUUAAGUUGUGCAGAAAAGUAUAUGAAAGACUUCUGGCUAUGACAUUUGCAAUUGAAGAAAUUCACCAAAACCCAGAACUACUACCAAAUGUUACACUUGGAUAUGUGAUUUAUGAUUCCUGUACAACUGUUGCUGGUGCUGUUGAAGGUACAAUGAAGCUGCUUACAGGACAAAGAAACAUAAUUCCAAAUUAUAAGUGCCAAAAUCUUUCCUCAGCUGUAGCUGUGAUUGGUGAGUCAUAUUCUUCGACAUCAGUUCCCAUGGCUAGGCUGCUGGGACUCUAUAAAUUUCCACAGAUAAGUUAUGCAGCAACAGUUAUGUCUCUGAGUGAUAAAAACCAGUUUCCGUCUUUUCUCAGAACAAUUCCUGGUGACCUCUUCCAGUCCAUUUGUAUAGCUCGCUUGGUGCAGUACUUUGGCUGGACAUGGAUUGGAGUUCUUGCUGAUAGCAGUGACUAUGGUCUGCAAGGAAGCCUUAAAGUAAAAGAAGAACUCCUCAAAGCCGGGGCUUGCAUUGCUUUUUUUGAAUCAAUACCUGCAGUGUACUCCGAGGUGAAGAAUCACCAUAUAAGAAAAACAGUGCAGAAAUCUUCUGCAAAUGUCAUAGUGAUUUAUUCUAUUGAUGUUGACCUUUACCCUGUCAUGGAGGUGAUUACACAGAAUAAUGUGACUGGAAAAGUCUGGGUAGCCAGUGAUGGUUGGGCACAGUCUUAUCUGUUUUCUAAAAAUGAGUUUUUGAGAACAUUACAAGGAACACUUGGUUUCCUUGUGAGAAAGGGAGACAUAUCAGGAUUCAAGGAAUACAUUUACAGUCUCUAUCCUUAUAGAAAUCCAGAUGAUGUAUUUCUGAAAAAGUUUUGGGAACUUGUUUUUGACUGUAAACUGCCACUAAUGGAUAACUCUAAUAAUGUAACCAAAGGAUUAAAAAUUUGCACAGGUGAUGAAACACUAGACAGCAUGAAAUUGGAUUUUUUCAAACUCACAGAUUUAAGAAAUACAUAUAAUGUCUAUAAUGCCAUAUAUGCUGUUACCAGUGCUUUACAUGACAUGAUUUCAUGCAGGCAUGGAGAAGGGCCAUUUAAUAAUGGCACAUGUGCAGUAAUGCAGGAUUUUCUACCAUGGCAGAUUUUGCAUUAUAUAAAGAAUACUCACUUUAGGAAUAAAAAUGGUGAGGAAGUAUUCUUUGAUAUGAAUGGUGACCCUCCAGCACUUUUCAGCAUUGUCAACUGGCAAGUAACAUCAGAAAACUCUUUCAGGUAUGAAGAUGUUGGCCACUUUGAUGCCACUGCUGCAGACAGCCAAAAACUAACAGUGGACAUACCUGCUAUAUUAUGGAAUGAUCAUGAACAGAUUCCACAGUCUUUGUGCAGUGAAAGUUGUUCUCCUGGCUACAGGAAAAUAGCUCAGCCAGGCCAGCCAAUCUGCUGCUUCAGCUGUAUCAUGUGCUCUCAGGGAGAAAUUUCCAACCAAACUGAUUCUGUUACAUGUGUGAAGUGUCCUAAAGAUGGUUGGCCCAAUGAUAGACAGGACAAGUGCAUAAAGAAAGUAACCGAAUUCCUCUCCUAUGAUGAAAGACUUGGUCAAGCACUAACAGCAGUCUCUAUAUUUCUAGAAAUAGUUGCUGUUGUUGUUCUAACAGUCUUUAUAAAGUGCCAUCACACACCAGUUGUCAAAGCCAACAACCGGGAACUUAGCUAUUUGCUUCUAUUCAGUCUCAUGAUCUGCUUCCUCUGUUCAUUUAUUUUCAUUGGCCAACCCACACGUGUGACAUGUAUGCUACGCCAGUGCGCAUUUGGCAUAAUUUUUACAUUGUCGAUCUCUUGCAUAUUAGCCAAAACUGUUGUAGUGAUCAUUGCCUUCACUGCUAACAAGCCAAACAGCAACCUGCACAAAUGGACAGGAACCAAGCUACCAAAAAUUGUAGUUAUGCUAUGUAUAUCGGUUCAGAUAAUAAUAUGUGUGUCUUGGUUAAUUGUGUCUCCUCCUUUUCUCAAUGAAAAUAUAACUUCUGUAACAGGAAAGAUUAUUAUAGAGUGUAAUGAAGGAUCAUCUGUAGCAUUUUGGUGCAUGCUGGCUUUUCUGGGCCUUUUAGCUGCUGUAAGCCUUGUAGUUGCAUUUUUGUCCAGGAAGCUCCCAGACAGCUUUAAUGAGGCUAAAUUUAUCACAUUCAGUAUGCUGGUAUUUGUUAGUUUGUGGAUGUCAUUCAUUCCAGCAUAUCUAAGCACACAAGGCAAGUAUAUGGUGGCUGUGGAAAUAUUUGCCAUUGAAUCCUCUGGAGCAGGAUUGCUGCUUUGUAUAUUUGCUCCUAAGUGCUACAUUAUACUGUUUAGGCCACAUAUGAACACCAAAGACCACCUAAUGGGGAAGAGUGCAUUUAACAACUGA